UUUAAAAAAAGAUAAAAUCAUAGAUAAUAAAGAAUAACUUUUUGAAAUGCACCAAGAAAAAACAAGGGAAAAUUUGGAUAAAUGCAUUCAAAUAAGAAUAUAAUUUGAAAACUACACUCUUAUUUAAGUUUUUGGAAAAAUACACUUAUAUAUAUAUAUUAAAUUACUAAAUUGCCCAAUCUUAAUAUUUCUAAAAAUCUAAUAUAUUGUUAGGGGACAUGAAGACCUACAAAAUCCGCCUACCACCCAUUUUCUCUUUGGAGUUUAAUUCGAAGAAAUGGCAACGUUAUGUAGAUUUUUGGGCUAUGCGUUUCUAGUUGAUGAGUAACCAGUGAAAAUGAACCUAGCGUUAUCUGAUUUGAAGAGGAAGAUGGUGAGGGAACGAUGAAGUGCUGCACAUGCAUCACUACUGAAGAAGGAUCAUAGAGACCUUGCAAGACGGGUUUAAAGAAAUAAGUGAUGGCAAGUUCUUAUCUUCCGUUGCAUAGGCAAGGGUGUGUCUCAGUCCGAAGCUUGGUGUUUAGCUUUAAAACUUGCAAAAUUUCGGACAGUUUUAGCUUUGGUCGCUUCCCUUUCAAGAGUUUCAGUUUGUUUAGCUGCUGGAUACUCUCGUUUUUGGUAUGGUCUCACUCUCGUUCAAAUUUGUUGAUAUUUGGAGUGUCUUGGCGGCUUCCAUCUAGCUACGCGAAGAUGGGCGUAUCCGGAAGUGUGUGUGAUGAAGUAGUAAUCUUGCUUGCUGGGUUAUGAAAUCCUCGUGUUCCGGUUCUGAGAUUUAUAUAUUAGUUUCGAAUUAAUAUCUUAAUUAUUGAAAUAUUUUGGGUAAAAAGGUAAUUCAUAAUCAAGAAAGUGUAAUUUUAAAAAAGUAAAAUAGAAAAUGCAAUUAUCAAAUUUCAAAUCCUAAAUAGGGUAUUUUGCAAAUUAUCCCAAAAAACAAACUAUAUAUGUUGUAAAAUUUAAAGAAAUCUAAUAUUUUGAUAUCUUAAUUAAAAAUAAAAAGAAAACUCAAUAUCAUAACAUCCAAAAUAUCAUAUAUCAAUAAAAUUUACUAAAAUAAUGUGUCAUAUGCUACUAUGUAUAAAAUCUACUAAAAUAAUAGGGCUAUAUUAUUUAAACAAAAUAGCAUUUUUCUUUAUAAAUCCUGCUAAAUACUAAAAUAAUAUGUGUUAAAGUAUAUUUUUCAAACACAACAUGCAAAUAUAAAUUAUCUUAAACAUAUUUUUUUCUAUAAUAUAAAUAAAUAAAAUUUUAAAAUGUAUUAUAGCAAAAUGUAUAAAUUAAAGAAAAAACGUAUUUUAAAAGAGAUUAUCUAUUUGAUUAUUUUAUAUUAUUAUUAUUGGAACUAACUCGAAAAUAUAUUAGUAAGUAAUAAAAUUUAAUAACAAAGUAAAAUUUAUGAAACAAAUCACUAUAUGUUAAUAAUGCCGAAUAAGAAAUAUAAAAAUAAAAUUAUGAGUUACACAAUAUGUAAUAAUAAAUUGAAAUUUAUAUUUUUUUUUGUCAGCAAACAAAGCAGACUCAAUGAAAUUUAUAUAUUUAAAACAUUUUUAAUAAUAUCAAAUAUAUUUAUAAAAUAAAAAAUUAUAUGUCAGGUUAAAAUCUAGUUUUGAUUAUAUUUUGGAUAUACGAGUACCGAUUUAUCUCUUAGUUCUUUCGAGUAUUUUAAAUCCAAAGAUAGGAAAGAACUGAUUAGAUAUUUAUGAUUAUUCAGGUCAGUUUGAUGUGAUUUUUUUGGUUCAAAUAAUAACUGUCAUUGGUUGUAAUGAAUUUCUGCAAAUAAAUUUUGGUCGGUUUCAGUUCAAUUCUUUUAGGUUUUAGUUUAGUUGGAUAGAAAAACUAAGAAUCGGGCAAAACUUGGAAUUUUUCAAGUUCAGCACAAAUUUAAAAUAAUGUUUGGAUAAUUUAAUUAAAAUAUUGGAUAAUUCAGAUUGUUUGUAUAAAAUAUUGUGUAACUUUUUUAUUUUGCAUAAAAAAUAUUAAAGUAAUGUUGGAUAAAUUAAUUUUCUAAUAACUUAAGUUUUCAAAUAUUUUUAGAUAUUAUCAAAUAUAAAAAUUUGGUUUCUAAAUUAUAUUUAAUACUUCCUCUGUUUCAAAAAGAUCCAUAUUUUAGAAAAAAGAUGUUUCAAAAAGAUAUACUCUCUUUGUACCAUUUUAAGUGGUGUUUAAGGUUUUUACCCAAAAAUUAAGAAAAUAAAAAUUUCUAUGUAAUUUAUUUUGGUUUCAUAAAAUUGCAUUAAAUAAAAUCAGUCUAACCAAUAAGAAAAACAUGUAGUAUUUUGUAACUGGUUACAAAUUUUAAUUGACAUUAAAUUUUAUCUAGAAAUGUGAGAACAUCACUUAUUAUGAAACAAAAUAAAAAUGCUUAAACACCACUUAAAAUGGUACGGAUGAAGUAUGUUUUACAUUUUCAAUGCAUAAAUUAAUUACAAAGUGUAAACUUAAAAAAACAUAAUGGUGUUUAUAAAAAAUUUAUUGGUUAAAAGUUGUGGGGAAUAGUUGAUAAUAGAAAAUAUUGCAUAGAUAACUAAAAUUUGAUAUGUUUUCUUAGUAAAUGUGAAAAAACUAAAACAUACAUAUUUCUGAAACAGAUGGAGUAUAUUUUAUUUUUUCAAAACUAAAUAUACAUAUCAUUUUUAGGUAUUUUGAUUUGGAUAUACCGAUUUAUCACUUAAUUCAGUUAGAGUAUUUUAAAUCCAAAGAUAGAAAAGAACUGAUUAGAUAUUUAUGAUCAUUCAGGUCAGUUCCAUGUGAUUGUUUUGGUUCAAAUAAUAACUGUCAUUCAUUGGUUGUAAUGAAUUUCUGCAAAUAAAUUUUGUUAGCUCCAAAUAUUAGUUAAAAAUUAAAGAAUAUCAAGUAAGUUUAUCUAAAUUUAUUUAACAUUUAGACCAAAAAGAAAAGUUUUAUCUAACCCAGUUUUAUACGGGUAAGGCUGUAUUUAGGUUUGGUAACGAAAAAAAAACAGAUAAUUCCAAUAAACAUUGAUCCUAAUUCGUUGACAAAAGAAAACGUUCGUCGUUAUUCAAGCCAACCAAAGUCAACGAGCGAGCAAAAUGUGUAGAUGCGGUCAAUCUCUUUCACAAUGCCACGUGUCAUAAUCUUAGAUGCUUAACACUUUUGCCACGUCAGCAAAUAGCAACUCUCAAUCUCGUUGUUUGUUGUCGUGGUCAACUUGGAUCAGAAAGAAAUACAAAAGCACCAGUCGAGCCGAAACGAACCAAAUAGGUAGGAAGAAGAAGAAGAAGAAAAAAAAAAAAAACCAAUCUCGAUGGUGUCUCCGCUUCGUCAAGUUAUACAGGCAUUUAUCAGUCGUAGACGGCGUAAGAAAAUGGCGAGCGGUGGUGGUACCAGUAGCAAGGAGAAGAAAGGUUUCUCCGUAAACCGUAAAGAUUACAAGCUUAUGGAAGAAGUUGGAAAUGGUGCUAGUGCUGUCGUCCAUCUUGCAAUUUAUCUUCCUACUAAAGAAGUCAUCGCCAUCAAGUGUUUGGAUCUCGAUCGCUGCAACACCAAUCUGGAUGAUAUAAGGAGGGAGGCUCAGACCAUGAGUUUGAUAGACCAUCCGAACGUGAUAAAGUCGUAUUGUUCGUUUGCGGUUGAGCAUAAGCUCUGGGUCGUCAUGCCUUUCAUGGCUCAGGGUUCGUGCUUUCACCUUAUGAAGGCAGCAUAUCCUGAUGGAUUUGAAGAGCCUGCUAUAUGUUGUAUCCUUAAAGAAACGCUUAAAGCUCUUGAUUAUCUUCAUAGACUCGGCCAUAUCCAUCGAGAUGUUAAGUCUGGGAACAUACUACUUGAUGAUACUGGAGAGAUUAAGCUAGGCGAUUUUGGUGUCUCUGCGUGCCUUUUUGAAAACGGCGAUAGGCAACGUUCAAGAAACACAUUUGUUGGUACUCCAUGCUGGUUGGUUAUUAUUGUCGGUUUUCUUCAAUCCGGUAUUAUUAAGCUUCACACUUUGCUCUCUACUCGACCAUUUAUCAUUUCUGUUUGUAGGAUGGCACCGGAAAUCAUGCAGCCAGGAAGUGGAUACGAUUCCAAGGCUGAUAUUUGGUCUUUUGGAAUAACUGCGCUGGAGUUGGCUCAUGGUCAUGCACCUUUCUCUAAAUAUCCACCCAUGAAGGUACUCUUAAUGACGAUUCAAAAUGCUCCCCCUGGCCUUGAUUAUGACCGUGAUAAGAAGUUUUCAAAGUCUUUUAGAGAAAUGGUAGCGUUAUGUCUGGUGAAAGAUCAAACAAAAAGGCCAACCGCUGAAAAGUUGUUAAAACACUCGUUUUUCAAGAAUGCAAAGUCUCCAGAGAUUUGUGUGAAAAAGUUAUUUGCUGAUUUGCCACCUCUCUGGACACGUGUUAAAGAUCUUCAGGAUAAGGAUGCUGAGCUUGCUUUGAAAGGACUUGACCAGGAAGCUAUAUCAAAGAGUGAAUACCAAAGAGGAGUAAGUACUUGGAACUUCAAUAUUGAAGAUUUGAAAGAACAAGCAGCUUCGCUAGAUGAUGAUGACAUCUUAGAAGAGGGUAUGGAAGAAGAUGAUUUUUUUGAUAAUAAGGCCAGUAACAGAGGACAAGUGCCAUCAGAAGACAUGAACGGAAAGGAAAAAGUUUCAGAUUCUUUCAGUUUAACUGCUUCGCCUGUUGAACCAGCAACGCCAAGUCCAAAGCACGGUGUCCCACAGGCCAAGGCUAAGCCAUUGAGAGUCCAGGCUCAUGAGAGUGGACCACAGAAAGGCCAUGUUUAUGCAAGGCCGGCUGCAUCAUCCCGUGUAGAACCUAGCUUUACCGGAGCAUUGAGUCUUCCAAAGCGUGCUUCAGAAAACAGUUUCUCAGCUCCUAGCAAAUCUUCUGGAGGAUUCCGUGAUUCUCUGGCUGACAAGUCAAAGGCUAAUGUGGUUCAAACCAAAGGAAGAUUCUCAGUAACAUCAGAGUACUUAGAUCUUGCAAGGGCACGCCCUUUGAGAAAAUCUACCAGUGUUGGUUUACUCGAAUCUAAAAUGCCCAUCAAGGAGUUAAUUAGUCGUCCUGCGUCUCCUUCGCCUCCUUCGUCUCCUCCGUUCAUCAUGCCUCAACUUCAAAAUCUGGUCCUUCAAACUUCAAAACAACAGGAACUUAUUAUUAAUCUACUGAAAAACUUACAAGUUACUGAAGCAACAGAUGGCUCUCAAAAUGGAAAGUUGCCACUUAUGCCUGGAGGAUCUGACAUCAAUGGAACUGUUGUUGAACCAAUAUCUUCAGAGAGAGAAAGGCUACUGCUUAACAAGAUAUCUGAGCUUCAGUCUAGGAUGAAAGAGGUGACUGAAGAACUUGACGAAGAAAAGUCAAAACACGCACAACUGCAGCAACAAUUGAAAACACUGCUGAGUUACGCAGAAGCUUAUGCAGAAGAGUAAAAGUAUGUUUUUGUACACUAAAACACAGAGGGGGACAGAUUUGGUUUUGUUUUAUGUGAAGAAGCAGACAUCGGCCAUUUGUUUCUCACCGAUGUCUGGAACUUUUGUUUUUAUUUUUUGUGCUGUAAAUGAAACUUAUUACAUUUGUAUUGUAUCCACCAGAUUCUUUUACUAAUAAUUACAUGUGAGUGAUUCAUAAACACAUUUGUUCUAAGAGAAAAGCUCAAAACUUGGUUGCUACCAUUUCAAUU